AUGGAUACGGCAAUGAGCAGCCUCCCCAAGGACAACGGGGAAUUUCUCAUGAAGAAUAUUUCGAUCAUUCAGAUUAUUUCUAUGUUCGCAAUUGGCUCAUACAAUGCACUCGAAGUCGGACUCAUGACCUUUGACUGCUUCAAAUACUACCGAGGGGUAUAUUUUUGGAGCAUGCAAGUCGCAGCAUGGGGAAUCCUGGUCCAUGGGAUUCCCGGCAUGAUCCGCUUUUUGGCAAUAUCACCCAACCGGCCCAUGGCUAUUCCAUUCAUCAUCGGCUGGAAUGCCAUGGUGACUGGGCAGCCAAUCGUUCUCUAUUCACGAUUACACCUCGUCGCUACUGACUCUAAUCAUUUACGCUGGGUACUAUGGAUGAUUUUUGGCACUUUCUUCACGCUGAACAUUCCAAUGACAAUCAUCUUUCUCGAAGUUAACGUCGGCCAUGGACGCUUCACCCAAUCUGCUGCAAUCUUCGAUCGUAUCCAACUAGUUGGAUUUUGCCUACAGGACUAUAUAAUCUGCGGCAUCUAUAUUCGGGAAGCAAUACGAGCCUUGCGACCUGUCUUCGAAAUGCGCGGCCGCGAUGGCUGUAAAUUGAUCAUCCAACUGAUCGCGAUGAACAUGAUUGUGGUGCUGAUGAACACUAUCCUUAUCGUGACCGAGUUCAAAGUACACUUCAUCCAAAUAAGCUUGAAAACGGUGGUAUACAGCGUGAAACUCAAGCUAGAAUUUAGCAUUCUCACGCAUCUCCGCUGUCUCACCCGAGCAUACCCCUGUAUCUGCCAAAACCAGCCCGGCAGUCCUCGUCGAUCGAGCGACAUCAAUAUCUUCCAAAUGAUAACGGCACAAAGGCGUACAGCGCCGGACAUCAAAACACCCCCCAUCUCUACGGAAACGAUUGGACCAACACGACCGUCUUCCAUAUAUAAUGGUACGCGCGACUUUCAUGACGCGCUGCGAGAAACAGCGUCCACCGAAAACAUGUCUUCCAAACGCCAUUCACCUACUGCCUCCAUUCUCUUUCCAAUGCCUGUUUCCUUUUCCUCAGAUGGCUCUUCAACAAAUCAUUGCGUUGGCUCACAUUCAACAAAGACAACGGAGAUAUGCCUAAUCGAGAAUCCAAAGUAA